CAAGGCAGCGACGGGAUACCUGAGGGGGACAACGUGGAGGUCUGGGUUCUUCCUGCUCAGUAACGGGAUGCUGUACCAGUAUGGCCAGAGGUCUGACGUGGUGCCACAGAUGUCCAUACAGCUCACAGGUCCAGACUGUAACGGUUGUCGGCGGAUAAACUCCGGAGAGAAGCUGCACUCGUUCGAGAUCCUGCUGACGGACCGCGCCUCGCUCGAGCUGGCCGCGACCUCUGACCUGGAGGUGCAGGAGUGGCUGCAGGCGCUGUGUCAGGCCGUGUCACAAGGGGUACCAGAGAAAGGGGAGCCACCAUCAUCUGUUGUUCCCUGCUGUCUGGCCCUCACCAGUCUCAAGCUGUUUGCCUGCCACGAGGAUUGUCAGACGAGUUUUUUCCGCAGCCUGGGAAGCGUUGGGCUGAAGGACAUCUCCGGCCUCAGUGUGGAUGAGGAGAUUGACUACUAUUGUAUUGUGGAACUAGAUGAUGGGCAGGACUCGUGGGUUCUGUACUUUAACUGUACUCACGAGCAGCGCAAGUUUAUCCAUGUUCUUCAGGAGGCCUGGAGCGAACUGUUUCAGGUUGACCUGCCCGUGUCCCCUCUCGAAGACGACAUCAGGAGGAGAAAGUGUCGGGAGGGUCUCGUGUCUGUGCAGAAGAACCGGCGAUAGAAAUCCGCAGCUCCAUCAAAGCAAAGUGAUGUAGUAUGUUGCAGCUAAGGCCAUGUUGAAUUGAUUAUAUGGAUGACAUCCUUUGGGAAUCCCCAAAACUGAUGCGAGCAUGUGGAUAUUUAUUUUUGCAAUCCACGGCAUGUAUUUGCUUAUUUUGAAGCUGCUUUGUACCAAAUUGAUGCGUGCACGGAUGUCAUCCAUAUAAUCAAAUCAACAUGACCCCAUGCUGCCUGCAGAGCCUUUUCAGCCAGCUAAGAUUACAACACAUCUUCAGGAGAAUCUCCUGGUCCACAUGGCACAUUGUUGGAGGGGCCAUGAAAGCAGCCAGGCUAUUGCAAAAUAUGACAAAUGUCACCCAGAGGUUGCCAUAGAAACCUGGGAAUAAUGCAAA